AUCUGCUGAAAUCCAACAGCUCUCGCCUGUUGCUGGCCUCAGGGGACGGGAUGGAUUUCCAAGCCCUCUUAGUGGAUGAAGACAGGGCCUGGCUGAUGGUGGGAGCAAAAAACCACAUCUUCCUGCUCCACCUGGACCAUCCCAGCAGGGAGCCCGAGAAGAUUUUCUGGCCAGCCUCGAAGGAGCAGGUUGAGCAUUGCCAGCUGGCAGGGAAGGACAUGGAGACGGAGUGUGCCAACUUCAUCCGCCUCCUCCAGCCCUUCAACAGGAGCCACGUGUUCGCCUGCGGGACCGGCUCCCACCAGCACUGCUUGCUGACAUCUUCCCUUUGGCUCUGGCAGGGUCCUGGGACUCCCCCCAUGCGGUUGGUGACCCACUCCUUGGAAUCGGGGCGAGGACGGUGCCCGUACAGCCCCCAUGAACCCUUCACAGGGCUUCUCAUCGAUGGGGAACUCUAUUCGGGCACGUCCAGUGACUUCAUGGGCAGCAGCGCUGCCUUCUUCCGGACCUGGGUCCAUGGGGCCGAGCAGAGCUACAUCCGGACGGAGCAGAACCAGGACCACUGGCUACACGAGCCCGCCUUCGUCGGUGCCUACGCCAUCCCCGAUACCUACAACCCGCACGAUGACAAGGUCUACAUCUUUUUCCGCGAGACGGCCAUGGAAGCUGGGCAGUGGGAGAGGCGGCACAUCCAUGCCAGGGUGGCCCGGGUCUGCAAGAAUGACGUUGGAGGGAAGCGCAGCCUCAUCAACCGCUGGAGCACGUUCCUCAAGGCCCGCCUGGUGUGCUCCAUCCCUGGGCCCCAGGGUACCGAGACCCACUUCGACCAGCUCGAGGAUGUUUUCCUCCUGCGCACCCGGGACCCCCAGAACCCCCUUGUCUUCGGCCUCUUCACGGUCUCCAGGUGAGCGGGGCUCUGGUCAGCCCCUGCAUGGGGCAGUCCAGCCCCCCAGCCCCUACCAGUGCUGCCCCAUGGGGAAGGAGGGGGAGCGGGACGGGCUGGCCUGGCCCUCACGUGCGCCCCCCCCCAACCCCGUGUUGCCACGCAGUGCCCCAGCGAGACGUACGACCCCCUGCUGCAGUCCACCAAGGACUUCCCGGAUGAGGUGAUCAGCUUCAUGCGCACCCACCAGCUGAUGUGGGAGCCCGUGUACCCGCAGGGAUACGACGUGCUCUUCCUCGGCACAGACGAAGGCAAAGUCCUGAAGGUGGGGCUGGCCAGUGGGGUGAGCCAUGGCACCGAGGUGAUCAGCCUGGAGGAGAUCAGCGUCACUAAG